UCUGAUUGGACGGAACUGGCAGACUUGCGAGGCGCCCGCUUUGUUGCACCGAUCCAUGCUAACUGCUUCCCUUUGUUGUCGUUUACCGUUCAGCGGGUGUGUUUCUGUAAACACCGAUACAGUUACAUUUUGCUACACUGUGAAGGAUGAGCGGCGGAGUGUACGGCGGUGAUGAGGUGGGAGCGUUGGUGUUUGACAUUGGCUCUUAUUCUGUUAGAGCCGGCUACGCGGGAGAAGACUGUCCUAAGGCUGACUUCCCCACAGUGAUAGGUGUGACUCUAGACCGAGAGGAUGGCAGCACGCCUAUGGAGACAGAUGGCGACAAGAGCAAGCAGAGUGGCACCACCUACUACAUUGAUACCAAUCAGCUGCGGGUACCCAGAGAGAACAUGGAGGUUAUGUCUCCACUCAAGAAUGGCAUGAUUGAGGACUGGGACAGUUUCCAGGCCAUUUUGGAUCACACGUACAAGAUGCACUUCAAGUCUGAACCCAGUCUGCACCCAGUGCUCAUGUCAGAAGCAUCGUGGAACACACGGGCAAAACGAGAGAAGCUAACGGAGUUGAUGUUUGAGCAUUACAACAUUCCCGCCUUCUUCCUCUGCAAAUCAGCAGUGCUGUCUGCCUUCGCCAAUGGGAGGUCUACAGGCUUAGUCCUGGAUAGUGGAGCCACACACACCACAGCCAUUCCCGUGCAUGAUGGCUACGUCUUGCAACAAGGCAUUGUCAAGUCACCACUGGCCGGAGACUUCAUGAGCAUGCAGUGUAGGGAGCUGUUUCAAGAGUUAAAUGUUGAGCUUAUCCCACCCUACAUGAUUGCAUCAAAGGAUGCAGUGCGGGAGGGGGCUACACCAAGCUGGAAGAAAAAAGAAAAGCUACCUCAGGUCACCCGCUCAUGGCAUAAUUACAUGUGUAAUUGUGUAAUUCAAGACUUCCAGGCAUCAGUGUUACAGGUGUCAGACUCACCAUAUGAUGAACAGGUUGCUGCCCAAAUGCCCACGGUGCAUUAUGAGCUACCCAACGGCUACAACUGUGACUUUGGCGCCGAGAGGCUGAAGAUCCCAGAGGGUUUGUUUGACCCCUCCAAUGCUAAGGGUCUGUCUGGAAACACCAUGUUGGGAGUUGGACACGUUGUGACGACCAGUGUAGGAAUGUGUGACAUCGACAUCCGGCCAGGUCUAUAUGGCAGCGUGGUGGUGACUGGAGGCAACACGCUCAUUCAGGGCUUCACUGACCGACUGAACAGAGAACUCUCUCAGAAGACCCCUCCGAGUAUGAGGUUGAAGCUGAUAGCCAACAACACUACGGUGGAGCGCCGGUUCAGUGCCUGGAUAGGAGGAUCAAUCCUGGCAUCACUUGGAACCUUCCAACAGAUGUGGAUCUCCAAACAAGAGUACGAAGAAGGAGGGAAGCAAUGUGUGGACAAGAAGUGCCCUUGAUUUGACAGCAAGCCAAACUCCCCAUUACUGUUUUCACCACAAGCUCAAGAUCUUCAACUGUUGACCUCUGGCUGAGACUCAGGAACACUUUGCGUUUGUUUUAAAAUCAAGCUUGUCCAUAUGCCUGUCUGGGAUUUGUCGUGAAAAUCAAAGUAUCUGCAAUUUACUUUUUUUUUUUUUUUUAAAGAAAAAAAAUUGAGUCCUAAGAGACACUGCCUUAUUUCUAAGUGGUUGGUGUUGGGUGCAACUCUAUCAUCAAAACUGAUGAUGGCAGGUACAUUUUGUGCAUGACUUGUCUUAUUUUUAGUUUGAGCUGAAUACAGAAUUCAUUGUUUCUUAUAACCCAUGAACAAAUCUCAAGCAAAAGGCAGAUUCUCGCCUGAGCUCACUGGUGUUCUAACACAAAUAAAUCUGUAUUUAAUUUUCA